UGAUCUUGUUCUAGUCGUAGAACAUUUUAUUCUAGUUGUAGAAUAACCGCUGAGCUGUUUUUGAGACAGAUCUUUUUUUUUUACUUAGGUGUCGUUCGUGUGAAAUAACUUUUGGUUUUCAAUCUCUUAAAGUCAAACACUCAAACACAAGAGCCGUAUUGUUUAGGCUGAGAGGCAGGCUGCGAAAUGGACAGAUAUGAUCUGAGUGGCAGACGUGCAGCCGUGAUCAUGUGCGGUGGGGGAAGACCGGGCUCUGAGUACGAUGUUGAGAGAAUAAAGGAGCUCUGCAAACAGAAUAAGUUUCCUGAACCUAGUUAUAGUGUUAAAUGCAAAACUAAAGAGGACGUAACUGAUGCACUGAAGUCAUUUCGAAACAACCUGAGCGAUGACGUCAGUUGCCUCGCAAUGUUCAUCAUGGCCCAUGGUGGACUUGGACACAUUGAAGUCAAUGACGAAGAGAUUCUAGAUCUAGAAGAUAUCUACAAGAUGUUUAGCAACAGCCAGUGUCCAGCCCUCCGUGAGAAACCCAAGCUCUUUGUUGUGCAGGCCUGUAGGGGAGUGAAGGGACGUCCUAAAGACCUUUACACAGACGGAGGUAGAUCUUCAGGCGCUGUCUCAAAAAAGUUGCUCCCCACGGAGUCUGACUCCAUGGAAGUGUAUGCAGUGCCUCCAGGAAAACUUGCCAUCAGACACCCGGACAGAGGAUGCCCAUUGUUUGAAGAGAUGCAUAAGGUGUUUACGAAGGAUUCAGUAGCUACCCGUGAUGUGUAUGAACUCUUCACAGAGGUGAACCAACGUCUGGGUCAGAGGAAGGACCGUAGAAAGGACGGAUACGAACAUGAUUUCCAGCCAACACCCAGAGUCAUCAAGAGAAACCUACAGCCAGUAGAUACAGAUGAUUCAUCUGAUGACAUAGGGCGUUCUCUUCAUAUUGUGAACAAUCUGACCAAGAAGUUGUAUCUCUGAUAGGGAGAUGGGAGGAGGUACAGUAAGAGGAGGAGGGGGGUGAGGGUUAUAAGCACAAGAUUGACGUCAGUUUAUGUUGAUGUAUGGCCACUACGAGUGAAAAUAUUGAAAAUAAUCAACCUGGGUUUUCCAAAAGCAUCUUAAGUCCAUGUUCAUCUUAAGUCGUGUUCACGUUGGCAGUUUGAAGCGACUAAAAUCCUUCUGUUCCUUUUCCUGCAGUCUGAACAGCCAAAAAAGCACAUGACAUCAGAUAUUUCAGCCACAUACUGAUUUAUGAAUGUAUAACAUGUAUGUGUAAAUGUAUUAAUUAUCCCAACCUGCUACGUUAAUUCUCCAAACCUGCUACGUUAAUUCUCCUAACCUGCUACGUUAAUUCUCCCAACCUGCUA